ACAGGCGACAGCCUGGCUCUGAAGUGGAAUUAUGUGCUUCAAACACGUUGAAAGAGGGCGACAAAGAGCUUUUUCCUGCUUUUGGUCAUGAAUCAGGUCACAAUUCAAUGGGACGUGGCAAUAGCUCUUUACAUAUUCUUCAAUUGGUGUCAUGGAGGAAUUACAAAUAUAAACUGCUCUGGACGCAUCUGGGUAGAACCAGCCACAAUUUUUAAGAUGGGUAUGAAUAUCUCUAUAUAUUGCCAAGCAGCAAUUAAGAACUGCCAACCAAGGAAACUUUAUUUUUAUAAAAAUGGCAUCAAAGAAAGAUUUCAAAUCACAAGAAUUAAUAAAACAACAGCUCGCCUUUGGUAUAACAACUUUCAGGAGCCACAAGCCUUUAUGUACUGUACUGCUGAAUGUCCUGGAUAUUUUCAAGAGACACUGAUAUGUGGAAAAGACAUUUCUUCUGGAUAUCCACCAGAUGUCCCUGACAAAGUAACCUGUGUCAUUUAUGAAUAUUCAGGCAACAUGACUUGCACCUGGAACCCUGGGAAGCCCACCUACAUAGACACCAAGUAUGUGGUGCACGUGCAGAGUUUAGAGACAGAAGAAGAGCAAGAGUAUCUCACUUCAAGUUAUGUUAACAUCUCCACUGAUUCAUUGCAAGGUGGCAAGAAGUAUUUGGUUUGGGUCCAAGCUUCAAAUGUACUGGGCACGGAGAAGUCAAAACAAGUGCAAAUUCACCUGGACGACAUAGUGAUACCUUCUGCAUCCAUUAUUUCCAGGACUGAGGAUAUAAAUACUACAGUGCCCAAAACCAUAAUCCACUGGAAUAGUCAAACAUCAAUUGAAAAGGUUUCCUGUGAAAUGAGAUACAAGGCGACAACAAACCAAACUUGGAACGUUAAAGAAUUUGACACCAAUUUUACAUACGCGCAACAGUCAGAAUUCUACUUGCAGCCAAACACUAAGUACGUAUUUCAAGUAAGAUGUCAAGAAAAAGCUAAAAGGUACUGGCAGCCCUGGAGUUCACCCUUUUUUCAUAAAACUCCUGAAAUAGUUCCCCAGGUCACACUGAAAUCAUUUCAACAUGAUACUCAGAAUUCUGGGCUUCUAAUUGCUUCCAUCUUUGAAGGACACCUUACUUCUGACAAUAGGCAACAAGACAUUGGGCUUCUAUUAGGAAUGGUCUUCUUUGCCGUUAUUUUAUCAAUUCUUUCUUUGAUUGGGAUAUUGAACAGAUCGCUCAGAACUGGAAUUAAAAGAAGAAUCUUAUUGCUAAUACCGAAGUGGCUUUAUGAAGAUAUUCCUAAUAUAGAAAAUAGCAAUGUUGUGAAAAUGCUACAGGAAAAAAGUGAAUUUAUGAAUAGUAAUUCCAGAGAACAGGUCCUAUAUGUUGAUCCAGUGAUUACAGAGAUAGAAAUCUUUCUCCCAGAAGAAAAACCCAUGGACUACAAAAGGGAAAAGAACACAGGAUCCGUGGAGACAAACGACAGCCUGCAGAAGUCACUACUCACCAACACUACAAUUGUAUAUAUUCCUGAUCUCAACACUGGGUAUAAACCCCAGAUUUCAAAUUUUCUCACUGGGGGAAACCAUCUCAGCAAUAAUGAUGAAACAGCUUCCUCAACUCUGGAGCCACCAGCUGAUUGCUUAAAUCUGGGAAAGAAUGCCAGGUUUAAAAAAUAUCCUAAUUUUUCUUUCUCUGUCUCAAGUAUGAAUUCGCUAAGCAACACACGAUUUCUUGAAGAAUUAAGCCUCAUUUUAAAUCAAGGAGAAUGCAGUCCUCCAGACAUGCAAAACCCUGAAGAAGGGGAAACCACCAUGCUUUUGGAAAAUGCAUCACCAAAUGAAACUAUUCCAGAACAGACCCUGCUGCCUGAUGAAUUCGUGACCUGUUUGGGGAGCAUGAAUGAGGCGUUACCAUCUAUAAAUUCUUAUUUUCCACAAAAUAUUUUGGAAAGCCACUUCAAUAGGAUUUCACUCUUAGAAAAGUAGAGCUGUGUAGUCCAAAGCUGCCUUGCAAUUUGAAGAUGGCUCUCUCCCUCAACACAAAUUUAAUUCUGCCCUAUUUUUUUUUAAUUGGAGAAUUAAGAUCUAAAGAUAGAACAUAAUUCAUGGCCACAAAAGCAGCAACAAUAUUAGGGAUGCCUCCUAUAUUUUAGAAGAUGUAUCAACUAUAUCUUUUUGAAUUUUCCUCAUUACAAGGCACAAAACAGAUCUCUCUUUUGUAUGAAGGAUAAAUAAUACAAAAUAUGUGGUAGUGAAAUAAAUGCUGAAAAUCGUUCUUUGAAAUUGAGAUAUUAGUAUUCGCUUACAAGAGGAAAAGCAAGUUUAAUUUUCAUUUUAUUACUUAGUGUUCUCUCGAGUAGAUAAAAAUACAGCCCACAGACAACAAAAUAGGUAAGGGAUGGAAACAGAGGAACAAUUAAUUGCAUGUUUACUGUGUUGGGUUUUUGCCCUACGACUUUCUAUUCAGAUGUUAAGAAUUUGAUCUUCCUUAUUUUGAUUUUGGACUGAGAGAGUUGUAAAACAGUGAUGUGUGGAAAUCACAAGAUAGCUGUCUUCAUUCCAGUUCAGAGUGAUGGCAUUGUUCUCCUGUGGUGUAGUUGGUGUAUUAAUUACACUGUAGUAGAUUUAUUGAGGUAGAAGAUCAACAAGGUGUAAUUAUUUCUUUUGUAUUAGAUAUCUGUCACAAAAUUAUUGUUAAACCAGGUAUUUUUCCAAAUCUAGGAUGGCAAUACUUGCCACACCUGUCACUGCCCCAUAUCCUGUGUCUCCUGUAAACAUCACCAACUCAUCACCACGUGCCUUUCUGAGCCCUAAGGUGGCCUCAGAAUCCUCGCAACACAGUGCUCCUCAUGGCCACAGUCAAUAAGGGCUGGGACUGGAGAUGAACUCUAUCUGCCAACCAGGUCAAUAUUGGAAGUAGGUGAUCUUAAAAAUAUAAAAUGCAUAUUUUAAUUGAGAAACGGUACCCAGCAGACAUCUCUAUUAUGAUUAAUUUUUACAUCAGGGGGACUUUUUUCUAAAGAUCAGAACAAUUUGAAAAUUGAAUAGAUUACCCAUUGAAUUUCUCUUCUUCUAACAGUUGUCAGCAAUAAUUUAUAUUCAGAUUAGUUUUAUUUUAGCAAACAAAGCAGUUAAUCAAAAAAGGACCAGUUGUUAGCACAUGAGCAAGCUAUUUUGUUUUGUUUUGGCUUUUAAAAAAAGAAAAACCACAAAAGCAGUUUUGUUGUCAUUAAAUGUCCCCAUGGGGCUUCCCUGGUGGCGUAGUGGUUGAGAGUCCGCCUGCCAAUGCAGGGGACGCGGGAAGAUCCCACAUGCCACAGAGCCGCUGGGCCCGU